AAAAAAACACCAACUUGUGUUCACUUCUUCUCACUAUAAUAUCUUCACAAGUGAAUCCCUUCUUGGUUUGAACGAAUCAAAAUUAAAUUUUUCAGAAAAAAAUCACAUAAAUUCAUAUUAUUUUUAUAUAUAUAAUUAUUUAUAUAUAUAUAUGAAUUCUUGUCUUCUUCCAUUAACCCUAAAUUUACAGAGAAAAAGUUUCGUCUGUGUUAGUUUGUUCCAUUCGGGUUCCCAAUUAUUUAUUAAACCCUAAUUAUUUUGGGGGUACUACUAUAGUACUAUUGCUUUCGUUCCCAAAAUUGGAAAUUUCGAAACCCUAAUUUUUGGGAUUUUGGGGGUGGGGCGGAAGUUAUAUUUUUGCGGGGAUUAUCGAUGAGAAGCCGUUGGAUCGGCGAGGAAUCAGUUAUCAAAGCGGGGGAGGCGUAGAUGCAUGUCGCCGGAGUAAGUUUGGAUCUGAAUUGGUUCCUUCAAGUUAUAUUCACUGUGUUUUUAAUAGCUGUGGGAUUGCUUCACUUGGUGAAGAAUACGGCCUCGAAGUAUUUUGAGGUCGGCGCCAAUUUUGAAGGAGGAGAUACUACUGAUCGGUCACCAAUGCCUGGCGUUCUCUUGGAAGAUUUGGCUUGCGUCGUGUGUGGAAACUCCGGCCCUAAGAAAUGCUCCCGCUGCAAGGCCGUACGAUACUGCUCACAAAAGUGUCAAGAAGUACACUGGAAAGAUGGACAUAAGAAAGAUUGCAAGAUUGUUCAAUCUACUAAUGUAAAUUCAACUCAAAAAGCAUUGAGGGAUUCACAAUCGAAAACUUCUGGUGCUGGGGGUAAAACCUUUUCAGGAAUUGCACUUGUUCCUACGAGCGGUAGUGGUACACCUAAACCCAUCAAACAACCUAAGGAGAUUCUUUUUCCGUAUGGUGAAUUUGUGGACCUAUUCAACUGGAACAAGCCAGGAUUCCUUCCUUGUGGACUCUUGAAUUGUGGAAAUAGUUGCUUUGCCAAUGCGGUUCUACAGUGUCUUGCAUCCACACGUCCUCUUGUUGCCUACUUGUUAGAGAAAGGUCAUCGAACAGAAUGCAUUCGCAGUGAUUGGUGCUUCCUAUGUGAAUUUCAGACACAUAUUGAAAGAGUUAGUCAAAGUACACAGCCCUUUUCUCCAACUAACAUUAUCUCCAGGUUGCCUAAUAUUGGCGGUAAUCUGGGCUAUGGAAGACAGGAGGAUGCUCAUGAAUUUAUGAGGUUUGCCAUUGACACAAUGCAAUCAGUUUGCCUUGAUGAAUUUGGUGGUGAAAAAGCUGUCCCUCCUAGCUCGCAAGAGACCACAAUUAUCCAACAUAUUUUUGGUGGUCUCCUUCAAUCUCAGGUGAUAUGUACGAAAUGCGAUAAUGUAUCAAAUCAGUAUGAAAAUAUGAUGGAUCUUACUGUUGAAAUACACGGGGAGGCUGCCUCACUAGAGGAAUGCCUUGACCAAUUUACUGUCAAAGAGUGGCUCCAUGGGGAUAACAUGUACAAGUGUGAUAAGUGCAAUGAUUAUGUCAAGGCUUCAAAGCGUCUUACUGUUAAACGGGCUCCUAAUAUUUUAACCAUUGCAUUGAAGAGAUUUCAGAGUGGGAGAUUUGGGAAGCUCAAUAAGAGAGUAACUUUCCCCGAGACUUUGGAUCUUAGCCCUUACAUGAGUGAUGCAGAGGAUGGUAUGGAUGUGUACAAGCUUUAUGCAGUUGUGGUUCAUGUGGACAUGCUGAAUGCAUCAUUUUUUGGUCACUAUAUCUGCUAUACGAAGGAUCUUGGUGGGAACUGGUACAGACUUGACGAUUGUAAGGUUGCAAGAGUUGAGUUGGAAGAGGUACUUGCUCAGGGAGCAUAUAUGCUUUUGUACAGCAGGGUUAAGGCACGACCAUCCUGUCUUAGAGCUCCAGAUCCUCCGAAGGAGGUGCAGCAGCAGACGGUCGAUAUUGAAGUAGAAGUAGAGGAUAGCCCGAAGAAACAACUUGAAUGCUUUUCCCACGGCGAAUCUGCAGACCCAGUUUGCUCCUCUGUGUCUGUUUUGGAGGAGCAGCAAAUAGACGAUGUUGAAGUAGAGCUUAGCCCUAUGGAACAAACUGAAUGCUCUCCUCGUGGUGACUCUGCAUAUCCAAUUCCCUCUUCAGAAUCUGUGCUAUCUGACAGUAAUUGUUGUGCAGAGAUGGAUAAGAAAGAGUCACGUAUUCGAAUCGACUCUGAGUCAGUUACUGAUGUGGCUAUUCUCGAGGCCUCACCUGUUGCAAACGAGGAGUCUUCAUGCAGCGAAAGAGAGUUGUGUUGUAGAGGAACAAACUCUCCAGCUUUUAGACAAGGUCAAAAGGACCAAUUCUUGAACAAUUACCAAGCCGCCCCAUCGUGUUGCAACGGAUCAGUUUAUGGAAAUUCUGGUAUUGCAAACGACUUGGAUGCAACCAAUCAUCAUCCGUACCCUGCUGAUAAAGAAGAGGAUAUAGAUAUGGUUGGUUGUGACUUGAGCUCCUUCCAUGUUGCGAAGGACAUCGAAAUUUACAGUAAUGGCCAUGCCGAUCCAGAUAAAAGUGCUAAUAAAAUUGAUUCUGGGUUUACUUCAUCAAGUGUGGCGGUGGCCGCAGCAGCGGAGGUCGGAACUCAUAACUUGAAGAAGCGUGGUUUUCAUGGAAAUGGAAUCAAGAGUGUAGAAAUCAUGGGUGACAGUUGAUUAAAGUUAUCACUUAUGAUUUGUUUAUAAUUUUUUAACACUCCCAUCAUCAUCGUACAAAAAAAGAAAAAAUAACGUUGAGCUGGGAAUUUUUGUCUGGGAUUUCUAUAUUUACCGAAAUCUCGGAUUCAACGGUAGCGUCUUUAUUUUUAGUUUUAUGGGGUUAAAUUUGGACUCGUGAACUUUGUUUAGUAAUGUAGUUGACAAAAUGCAAUUAUUCAAAGGUACCAUAAUA